AUGGUAUCUUUCAAGAUCUUGUGCGCGAUUGCGCUGUCUACCCUGGCAGUCUCGUCCAGCGCGUCAAAAAGAUACACCAACUCGAGCACAGCAAUUGGCGGGAAGCCGUUUCCCCCGUUGAUUGAGGCUACCCUGGAGGAUUUGGUGUACGGUCUCGAAUCUAGGCUGUUUACAAGUGUUGAUCUUGUCAAUGCAUACACCGCACGCAUCUUGGAGGUCAACGGGACCCUCAAAAUGGUUACAUACCUUAACCCUGAUGCGCUUUCCAUUGCUGCCGAAGCGGAUGCCCUGAGAGCAGAAGGCACGAUCCUUGGACCUCUCCAUGGAAUCCCGCUCUUGAUCAAGAACAACAUUGCCACAAACGACAGCGUGCCAAAUACAGCUGGUUCGUAUGCGCUCGUAGGAGCAAAAGUCCCCCAAGACAGCACGGUAGCUGCGAAAUUGCGAAAAGCAGGGGCUAUUCUGCUAGGCAAAACUAAUCUUUCUCAAUGGGCCAAUUGGCGCAGUGACAACACCAGCAACGGCUGGACGGCAGACGGUGGACAGACAGAGGGUGCCUACUUUCCUGGUCAGGACCCUUCAGGUUCAAGUUCGGGUAGUGGUGUGGCAAGCUCACUUGGUCUGGCCCUCGCGGCUCUGGGAACCGAAACCGAUGGCUCUAUCGUUUCACCCUCAGAUGUCAACAAUCUUGUAGGAAUCAAGCCCACCGUUGGUCUCACGUCCAGAUAUUUAGUCGUACCAAUUUCGGAGCAUCAGGACACAGUAGGUCCUAUGGCCAGGAGCGUCAAGGAUGCUGCUUACAUCCUCUCGGCUAUUGCCGGAAAGGACCCCAACGACAACUACACCAGCGCUAUCCCAUUCGACACGAUUCCCGAUUACGCAGCUGCUUGCGACUACUUCGCCCUUCGAGGGAAACGUAUUGGUGUUCCUCGGAAUGUGUUUGACAUUACCGGGUACGAGGACCGAUACGGCGCCAUUGUCGCCGCUUUCAAUGCCUCUCUCGAUGUCUUCCGCGAAGCUGGCGCUGAAAUUGUCGAUGGAAUUCACUUGGAGGGUUACGACGUCAUCGCCACCUCGAGCUUCGAGCUCAAUGUCCUGAAGGCAGACUUCACUGUAGACGUCGCAAACUAUUUCAAUGAGCUGACAGUCAACCCUCACAAUAUAACGAGUCUCGAGGAGCUGCAGGCCUUUACUCAGGGAUUUCCCCUUGAGGAUUAUCCAGAGCGGGAUACCAACAUAUGGCAGUCAGGGCUCGACCUGGGCUAUGACAACACAAGCCCCGAGUUUUGGUCCAACUACACAGCAGAUCUCUACUACGGCGGUCUUCUCGGUAUCACUGGUGCUCUCACCAACUACUCUCUAGAUGCCCUAAUCCUGCCUACCACAUUCUCCUCCACACUCCCAGCCAUCAUCGGUGCCCCCAUCGUCACUGUCCCGCUUGGCAAGUUCCCCGGUAACCAGACUGUCAUCGAGAACGGGUUCGGAAACCUGAACGACACGGCGCCAAACAAGCCGUUCGGUAUCGCUUUCUUGGCUGAGCAUUUCAGCGAGGAGAAGUUGAUCGGGCUCGCCUAUGCAUUUGAGCAGAGGACCAAGGUGCGAAAUACUAUCAAGCCUUAUUUAGAACCUACAACCGAGCUUGCCGAUGUUAUUGUAAAGAUCUAA